AUGUCCGGCUACGACCAAUACAACCAGGGUGGCCACGGCCAGCAAGGCUAUGGCCAGCAAGGUUACGGCCAGCAGCAAGGUUACGGCGGCCAACAAGGUUACGGUGGCCAGCAGGGUUACGACCAACAGCAACAGUACGGUCAGCCUCAACAGGGCUACGGCCAGCAAGGCUACGGCCAGCAGCAGGGUGGUUCUUCCGACUACUACGCCGGCCAGCAACACCAGCAGCAGGGCUACGGCCAGCAGCAGGGUGGUUCUUCCGACUACUACGCCGGCCAACAGCACCAGCAGCAAGGCUACGGCCAGCACGACCAGAACCGUCAGGGUGGUUACGAGCAGCAGCAGGGUGCUCCCGGUGAGGCCCAGGAGGGCGAGCGUGGUCUUGCCGGUGCCCUCGCCGGUGGUGCCGCCGGUGGCUUCGCUGGCCACAAGGUCAACCACGGUUUCCUCGGAACAAUCGGUGGAGCCAUCAUUGGUAGCAUCGCUGAAGACGCCGUCAAGAAGCACCGCAACACCAACAGCCAGUCUCCUCCUCAGUACGGUGCCCCCCCUCCCAAUGGUCAAUAUGGCGCCCCUCCUUCCAACAGUGGUAGCGGCGGCUCCAUGAUGGAUCAGCUCGGUGGCUUCUUCAAGAAGUAGAAGGUUUCCGAUGAACUUUCCUCUUACGUUUUCUGCCUGAUGACACGGCUUUCAUGAAUUUCUUUCUUUGCUCUUAUUAUCGCAAUGGGUCGGCUUGCAUUUUUUUUCUCCUUCCGCCAGAUCGCUUUCAUUUUUCAUGGGGUUUUUUCUUCACCCUCAAGGGGCUUGUACCAUGACAGAACUGCGUUGAUAACGGAAAUCACCUUUGCGUGAUCUGACCAUAAUUUUCAGAAUUGCAACGUGAUUACCUUGCUGA